GAAUACAAACAAAGUGGGAAGAAAAGGGGAACACGGCGUAGAUGCUGGGAGGCUUGUUUAACUGCCUUUGUGUGUGCGACAGUGAGCCAGCAGAAGCGUAUUUUGAACAGAGAGGAGUUGUUCUUCCGGCAAUUCAGGUGGCUUGUGAAUGCAGCAUCGGGGGCAUCACUGCCAGUAGAAGGAGCUCUUCUGGUUUACCUAAUCCAGAAGAAAUACAUACACAAACAUGGCGAUAUCACAAGCGGGCAAGAUGCUGUCCUCUCUUCGCUGUACGCUUUAUUUAUUAGUCCUCGGGGCUGCAGGAGUGAGCUCGUCGACGCUUCGCCUCCACCCGGAGCAGCGCUACAUGCUGCCGCAAAACAGGGGCUUUUUCACGAUAGAGGCAAAUGAGGAUUUACAAGACGGAGAUGGAGGAGGCGCCGCGGCUCCAGCGCUGCCUCUGGCCGCUGGUAGCGCAGCUGAAGGCGGCGCGGACUCCGGAGCCCAUCCGCUGCAUCGAAGGCGCCGGGGCGCGGGUGAAUCGACCAUGCCGAAGGUGUACGGCCAGGCCAACCUGAACGACUCUCACAACCAGAUGGUGGUCCACUGGGCGGGAGAGAAGAGCAAUGUCAUCGUAGCCUUGGCCCGGGAUAGUGCAGGAGCCACGGGGCCCAAAACCAGCUCUGUCUACGUUUCCUACGACUACGGCACCACGUUCACACCCGUCUCAGACAAGUUCCAGCUUUCUGGGGCCAAGGUGAAGAAUGGCAGCAAACAAGUCAUCUCCCAGUUCUACCACAGCCCCGCAGACAACAGGAGGUACCUUUUUGUAGACUCCACCAACAAUUACCUGUGGAACACCUUCGACUUCUGCAGGAGCUUCCAGGGCUUCUCCCUCCCCUUCAAGCCGACCGACCUGCUGCUCCACGCCAGGCGCUCCAACCUGGUGCUCGGCUACGACAGCUCUCACCCGAACAAACAGCUGUGGAAAUCAGACGACUUUGGGGAGACGUGGUUGUUGAUCCAAGAGCAUGUGAAGACCUACUUUUGGGGCGUGGAACCGUACGACCCCCCCACCACAGUGCUCGUCCAGAGACACGAGCCCGUGGGUUUCUCCACUAUACUCAGCAGCACCGACUUCUUCCAGAGCGAACAGAACCGCAAAGUGAUCCUGGAACAGGUGGACAGCUUCCAGCUCCGGGACAAGUACAUGUUCGCCACCACCACACGGAAACUACUUGGCAGCCGUGAACCAUCAUCUGUUCAGCUCUGGGUCUCCUACAACCGCCAGCCAAUGAAAGCAGCCCAGUUUAUGACCAGACAUCCAAUCACAGAGUACUACAUAGCGGAUGCAUCUGAGGACCAAGUCUUUGUGUGUGUGAACCACCUGAACAAUGUCACACACCUCUACAUCUCAGACACACAGGGCCUGUCCUUCUCCCUGUCUCUGGAGAAUGUGCUGUAUUAUAGUCCUGAGGGCUCUGGCAGUAACACACUCAUCAGGUUCUUUGCCAAUGAGCCGUUUGCAGACCUUCAUCGCGUGGAGGGGCUUCGAGGCGUCUUCAUCGCUACGCUCAUCAACGGCUCUGUCAACGAGAACAACAUGCGAUCGGUCAUCACCUUCGACAAGGGAGGGACCUGGGAGCUGCUGCAGCCGCCUGCAGCCGACAGCCUUGGAGGAACUGUGGACUGCGAGCUCAGUAAAGGUUGCUCUCUGCACCUGGCCCAGCGCUGGAGCCAGCUCUUCAACAUCCAGCUGAGGAGGAUGCCCAUUUUAUCCAAGGACUCCGCACCCGGACUCAUCAUGGCUACAGGAUCUGUAGGGAAGAACUUGGCCAACAAACCCAAUGUGUACGUAUCCAGCAGCGCUGGAGCUCGGUGGAGAGAGGCGCUGGCAGGCCCUCAUUUCUACACAUGGGGGGACCACGGUGGUAUCCUGAUGGCUAUCGCACAAGGAGGCCCCACCACACAUCUCAAGUUCAGCACCAAUGAGGGAGAGACCUGGAACGACUUCAAGUUCUCAGACAAGCAGGUGUACGUUUACCAGCUGCUGACAGAGCCCGGGGAGAAGAGCACCAUCUUCACCAUCUUCGGCUCGUACGCCGAGCAGAGACACAGCUGGCUCAUCCUGCAGGUCAACACCUCCGACGUCCUGGGUGUGCCUUGUUCUGACGCGGACUACAAGCGCUGGUCUCCAUCAGAUGAGCACGGCAACGACUGCCUGUUGGGCCGAGAGAUAACGUUCAAGAGACGAGCGCCUCACGCUACUUGUUUCAACGGAGAGGACUUUGACCGGCCAGUCACCAUCUCUAACUGCUCCUGCACGCGCCAGGACUAUGAAUGUGACUACGGCUUCAAGCUGAGUGAAGACUUGUCUCUGCAGGUGUGUGUGCCUGACCCCGAGUUCCUGGGGGAUCUCUACGCUCCUCCAGUUCCUUGUCCUGUCGGUACAACCUACCGCCGCAGCAAAGGCUACAGGAAGGUACCAGGCGACAGCUGUAGUGGAGGAGACGUGGAGUCCAGGUUGGAUGGAGAAAUGCUGCCUUGUCCCGUUGGAGAGAGCAACGAGUUCAUCCUGUAUGCGGUGAGAAACUCCAUCCAUCGCUACGACCUGGCCACAGGCACCGACCAGACCUUGCCCCUGGUCGGUCUCAGGGAGGCUGUAGCUCUGGACUUUGACUAUGACAGGAACUGCUUGUACUGGGCUGACAUCUCCCUGGACACCAUACAGCGUCUGUGUCUGAACGGCAGCACGGGACAGGAGGUUGUAGUGAGGAAAGACCUGCAGAACGUGGAGGCGCUGACCUUUGACCCCAUCAGUAGACUGCUCUACUGGGUUGACGCUGGAGCGCAGAAGAUUGAGGUGUCUAAUCCAGACGGGGACCUGCGUCACACGCUGCUCAACUCUUCUAUCCUGGAACAUCCCAGGGCUCUGGUUCUGCUGCCUGGAGAAAGUCUGAUGUUCUGGACCGACUGGGGCGACCGAGCAGCUGGUGUUUACCGGAGCUACAUGGACGGAACCAACGUCUCCUGCAUCGUGUCGGACGGCGUUCGCUGGCCCAACGGCAUCACGGCCGACGACCACUGGCUGUACUGGACCGAAGCCUACAGCGACCGCAUUGAGAGGGCCGACUUCACUGGGGGCCAGAGGAGCGUCCUUAUGGAUGGACUGCCACACCCGUACGCCAUAGCCGUCUUCAAGAACGACCUGUACUGGGACGACUGGUCCAGAAUGGGAAUCUUCAAAGCCCCCAAGGCUGGUUCUCAGAGCAACGAGCUGAUCGUUGGCAGACUCACCGGAGUCAUGGACCUCAAGAUCUUCUAUAAGGGGAAGAACAGAGGCCAUAAUGCCUGUGCCGACCAGCCGUGCAGCCUGCUCUGUCUGCCUCAGCCCAGCCACAGACACACUUGUGUUUGCCCAGACGGUGCCCCGACUGCAGUCAUGCCUAACGGAGAGCUGCAGUGCCAAUGUCCCGCCGGUUACCAGCUCCAAAACAGUACCUGCGUCAAGACUGAGCACAGCUGUUUGCCCAACCAGUACCGGUGCUCCAACGGCCGCUGCAUCAGCAGCAUCUGGAAGUGUGACAGCGACAACGACUGUGGAGACAUGAGUGAUGAGCAAGAGUGUCCCACUACGACCUGUGAUCCAACCAACCAGUUUCGCUGCGUGGCUUCAGGCUCCUGCAUCCCACUGGCCUUCAAAUGCGACCAUGAAGACGACUGCGGGGACAACAGUGAUGAGGAGCACUGCGAGUCCCACCAGUGUGGCAUCGGGGAGUUCACAUGUGCACGAGGUGUUUGCAUCCGUGAGGCGUGGCGCUGUGAUGGAGAUAAUGACUGCAGAGACUGGUCUGAUGAAGCCAACUGCACAGUUGGCCACCAUACAUGCGAACCCAGCAGUUUCCAGUGUCACACAGGUCACUGUAUACCACAGCGCUGGAAGUGUGAUGGUGACGAUGACUGUCAGGAUGACUCAGAUGAAGAUCCUAGAUAUUGUGAGGGGACACGGUGUAAGGGCUUCCUGUGCUCCAAUGACACCUGCCUACCGGCCACUGCACACUGCAAUGGCAUCCAGGAGUGUCCAGAUGGUGGUGACGAGCACAACUGUGACCCACUGUGUACUCGCUACAUGGAGUUUGUAUGUAAGAACAGAGCCCAGUGUCUAUUUCAGUCUCUGGUUUGUGACGGGAUCAAACACUGUGAAGACGGGUCUGAUGAGGAUGCUGAAUAUGCUGGAUGUGCCACGCCGUCUGAAUUUGGCAAAGUGUGCGACGCCUACACCUUCCAGUGCGCCAACGGCGUGUGUGUGAGUCUUGAGUGGAAGUGUGACGGCAUGGACGACUGUGGGGAUUACUCUGAUGAAGCCAACUGUGCUGCUCCUCCCGAGGUGCCAGGUUGCUCCAGGUAUUUCCAGUACGAGUGCAAAAACGGACGCUGCAUCCCCACGUGGUGGAAGUGUGACGGAGAGAACGACUGUGGGGACUGGUCAGACGAGGCUCAGUGUACAGGUGGCGUCACUCCUCACACUGUUGCCCCCGGUCCUGUUACAUGUGCCCCCAACCGCUUCCACUGUGGUUCUGGAGCUUGUAUCAUCAACACCUGGGUGUGUGAUGGUUACGCCGACUGCCCCGAUGGCAGCGACGAGCUCGGGUGUCCCACAGCUAAUGGCUCCGUGACGCUGGCCCCAGUUCCCACUCCGGCCGCUCCUCUCCCUCCUUCCCCUGGUCGCUGUAGUCGGGGUGAGUUCCAGUGUCGCCGACCCCCCCACUGCAUCCCGGACUGGCAGCAGUGUGACGGGCAGUUCCACUGCGAGGACGGCUCUGAUGAAGCCCACUGCCCUACCCGAGGGCCUCUGUUCUGCGUCAACGGGACUCGCUGUUCUGACGGCGAAGCCUGUGUGCUGGACAUCGAGAGGUGUGAUGGCUUCCUGGACUGCUCUGACCACAGUGACGAGGACAACUGCACCCUGGACACCAUGGCCUAUAAAGUCCAGAACCUCCAGUGGACUCCAGACUUCUUGGGUGCCAUCACUCUGACAUGGUCACGUCCUAAAAACCUUCCUCUGGACUCCUGCUACUUCCUCGUCUACUACAGGCUUAUGGGCACGCAGCAGUGGACGAUCAUGGAUACCCACAGCAACAAGACCAGCUACAAACUGACCGUGCUGAAACCAGACACCACCUACCACGUGAAGGUGCUCACUCAGUGCCUCAGCAAGCUGCACAAGACCAAUGAGGUGAUCAUUGUCAGGACACCAGAGGGACUGCCAGACCCUCCCAGGAACUUGCAGCUGGUCUGUGAUAACGUCGAGGACGGGACGGUUGAAGUUUCCUGGAACCCCCCUGACAAAGGACACGGCCUCAUCAGGGAGUACAUCGUUCAGUACCGUGAAGGCUCUGAAGGCGACUGGGUGUCACAGAGUUCAACCCAGACCAGUGUGAAGGUGAAGGAGCUGCAGCCACUCACUCUGUACAGUUUCAGGGUGGCUGCAGUGACUAGUCGAGGUGUCGGAAACUGGAGCGAGGUUAAGUCUUUCACUCCUAUGAAAGCGCUGCCUCCUCCCUCUGUGAUCGCCGACAGCAUCACCGCCGACUCCAUGAGCCUUUCAUUCAGCUUAAACUCCCAGCAGGAAGUGAAACAGUACAUUGUGAUCCUGUCGUGGCAGUUUGACACCCACGUCAAGGAGAGCAAGAACUACACAGUCACAGUGGGGAUCCUCAAAGCUACGAACCUGACAGCGGGGACGAUGUAUGAGGUGGCUGUGUGGGCUCACACCAGUAUAGGAGACAGUCCCACGGCCCUGUCUCACCACCGGACCGCCGGCACUCAGCCCGAUAAACCCUUCCUCAAAGUCAAGGCUGUCAACCAGACAGCGGUAGAGUGCAGCUGGACCAUCAGCGGACCCCCUGCUCAGAUGUACGGUGUGUUUUAUGCCACGUCCUUCUUGGAUCUGUACCGGACUCCACGUCAGGUCCGCACCCCUUCUCUCACCCUCACAGUGACGGUGGACAGCGAUGAGCAGUAUCUGUUCCUGGCGCGAGCCGUCUCUCCCUUCCUGGGUCCUCCCUCUGACUACGCGGUGGUGAAAAUGAUUCCCAACGAGAGGCUGCCGCCCAGGAACCUCCACCGCGUGCGAGUGGACAAGACUCAAGCAACGCUGAAGUGGCAGCCGCCCUACGACACCCCGGACACACCUCUGACAUAUGCGAUCCACGUGCGGGACGUGAUCCGCAAGGUGGAGCGGGACUACAAGCUGACCACCCCCAACAACACGGUGGAGUACCAGCUGAAGGGCCUGGAGCCCGGAGGGCGAUACAGCGUCUCCGUCCGCCUGCGCAACAUGAGCAAGGAGGCCAGCUUCACUCUCAGCACCGUUCCUCUUCCAGCUCCAGAAGCCCUGAAGAUUUUGACAGAGAACGAUCACAUAUUCCUUUUAUGGAAGAGUCUGGCUGUCCGAGAGAAGGGCUUCAAUGAGAGCAGGGGAUAUGAAGUCCACGUGUUUGACAGCGUCACCAACCAGACGUCGUAUCUGGGAAACACCACGGACACCUUGUUCCGCAUCAACAGCCUGCUGGCGGGACACAACUACACGUUCUCCGUGCAGGCCCGCUGCCUGCUCAGUGGUCAGCUGUGUGGGGAGCCUGCGCUACUGCUUUACAACCAGCUGCCAGGGACCAGCGACGCCUCUCGCAGCGAGGGCCACUCUGGGGACAUGGCUGCAGUGGUGGUCCCAGUCCUCUUCCUGCUGCUGCUGGGCGUGUGCGGCGGCUUGGUGGCGCUCUACCUCCGGCACCGACGGCUGCAGAACAAUUUUACCGCCUUUGCCAAUUCCCACUACAACUCUCGCCUGGGCUCUGCCAUCUUCUCCUCUGGCGACGAGCUGGGUGACGAUGACGAAGACGCUCCCAUGAUCAGCGGCUUCUCAGACGACGUGCCCAUGGUCAUCGCGUAGCAGCCCGUCCCUCUGUGACCUGUUUCCCUCUCUUUCUCCUUCCCCCCUUCUUCCUCUUCCUCCUCUUCUGCCCAUUUGCCCCCCCUCCUACCUUCCCUUCGCUCAGCGGCACGGUACACCAUUUGGAAAACACUUGCCGCCAUCCCAAAUUCAUCAGCGGGAAUCCGCCCAAAUUAGCAGGAAAAGUGGAGAAAAAUGGAAAAGUGUAAAGAGAGAAAGAGAUAUUUUUCAAAUAUACAAUGCACUUUUUGGAUGCGCAAUAACUUAUUUUUUAUAGUAUUAAAUAUAAAUAUAAAUAUAUAUAUAUAUGGGGUCAAAAAAAAAAAAGGACUGGGAGGAAGAGGUGGACACUGAAGCAAACUGUGAAGGAUUUGAGUUUGUGCGUCAGGGAAAGGGAGACCCUACUGUAUUUGUAAUGCAAACUCACUAUCCAUAGGAGUGGUUCAUUGCUUAAAGCCAAAAUAAGCAUCCAGAGACUGGAAUAUAGAAUGCAAAAAAAAAAAAAAACACAAAAAACACAAAAAAAAUACACACACACACACAUAGAGUAAAUAUAGACGUAUGUACAAAUAGAGAAUAUCAGAGCAGUAAUAGUUACAUAUUGUGGUCAUAGUACAGUGUGUACUAUAGCAUCAUAUGUGAUAUUGGUGCCCGGUGUGAGACAGUUGGAAGGUUUAACUAUGGAUCAUAUGUCACCAUCUCCAGAAUCCGAAUCUGGUUAAAGGAUCGCCCGUUUGGUAACCGCAGAUUCUUGUUAACGCAUUAACAAAGUGUUUGGACAGGUCGGCGUCCGGGUCGUCCGGACGCACCCCGUGGUGUCCUCAUAGAUACUCCUUUAUGUUCCACCACCAGCACACUGUUGUUUGUAUGUAUGUAGAGGUGACCCCCUGAUUGGAGAACAUCCCCAGCUUAAACGGAGGGGGAGAGAGCCCCUCCUUGCAUUGCCAAGACCAUUUGAACUAUUUGUAAAUAUUGGCUUUUAAUAUGUCUUCUCCUUGUAAUGCUGCACAUGUCAUUCUGUAAAAUGUGUUUGUUGUCUUUUAUUUUUAUUUUUUCUUCUUCCACAAAUUUAACCUUCCCCUGCAUUUUUUUUUUUUUUUUUGUCGCCAUAUCUUAAUUCGUCGUAAGAGAAAGUGAGUUUGGGGUUCUCAGGGAACUGUGUCGGAGCGGACACCAGCGCAGCAGCGCCACCGCCGUCGCCGCCACGGCCUCUGGCAGCUGUACACCUGCUGUGGAAUUGGUACAGGAUCCUCUGAAGAGGUGCUGGGUCAGCUGUGGGUGGGAUGAGUGGCAGGGACAGGUCGUCAGUGGUUGGGAUGGAAAGUCCAGAGAAGGUUUCCGAUGAGGAUUUAAGAGAUCAUUCCAUCGGGGUUAGUUUUUAACUGACCUCUAGUUGUUUGCUUUUAUGUGGUUUGGCUUUUAAACAUAGUUUUACAGUCUCCUGUUCCGGUCACACCAGGAAGUGGAACCAGCUACAGGUAGAAUAAACCUUAGUGAGAAGUGGUUCUUAUAGGUUUGACACAUGACCAAGCUGGUCACCUAUCACUAGUUGAUUGUUGAUUCAAAUACUAGAGAAAAGUAGUAAAUCCCCACUUUCAUAGAAGCUACCGCUCUCAUAUGUUUUAUCUCAACAGAUGGACACAUAAAAGCCAAACUAGCCAGAUAUAACAGGAGCUGCAGCGAGGACGUGGGCUGGUUCCUUUAGGGAUCGGGAUGUUAUCUGUCUCGUUGCGCCGCACAUCAACUCACAAACGAAACCUUUGUCGUGCCCCCUCCCUCACCUGACUCAGUGCUUUAGUCCAUUAACUGAUGCUAGCGUUUUUGCCUCUCGGCUUGAGCCACUUGAACUGACGGUGUCCCGCUCUCUAUUGACCUUGUUCUUGUUUUGUUUGUCGAGACGUCUUCAUGAAUGUAUUUUAUAUGUAUUUUUUAAAGGUGUUGUCCCAGCUCAUUAUGCUACUGUCACCGCCUGUGAAGUCAAUGCACGCUCUGGUUUUUGCCCCCAACCCCUCCCUUCCCACACUGGAGCUCACAGCCUUGGCAUUGUUGCUCCGUAGACCGGCUUUCUGCAGACAAAUGUCCGUCGUCGCGCCCUUCAAAUUCACAAUUUGCAACAAACCAUUUCGGUUAAGUAGUGAUCAUGUUUCCUUUCAUCGUCACAUUCAUCCCCACAACGUCAAAGUGUCUGUACUGUCAUUUAAGGUUGUCCUCAAGACUAUAUUUCACGCAGCCCUGCCCUGCCCAUGAGGUACUUUAUUGUGUUUCUCGGCCUUAAAGACAGAUUUACUCUGGUAUGGAUGCUGUUUCUGUUUUCUGAGUUUCUGUUUCGCCACAUAAUGCCUUAUUAGAACACAUUGGGUUUCUAUGUAAUGUACUGUUUGUAUUAUAGUACACAAGUGCACACGCAUGCAUACACUCGCACACACACACACACACACUUGACAAGUACGCUAAGGAGGCUGAGGAGGAAUUUACUGUUAGGGCAUUUUGUUAAUUUUGUCGGAUCACUGCUCCUUUCUUCGCCAGCCGCCGCGAGCCGGACUUUAGUGUUUUUAGUCGGGUUUUACACUCUGUACAAAGUUGAACUAUUGGUUAUCGUGUGACCGUUUGUUUCCCACCUGUCCUAAUGUCCACUCUUGUCAAAUAGUUUGCUCCAACGUGUCGUUUGGCACAGAGUUUGGAUCACGUUGGAUUCGGCCAUGUUUGAAGAUGUUAAUGUCUUGCUUGCUUGUAAAGGAGAGAUGUCUGGAGAAACAGUGUGAGGUGUUUUAAAAAACCACUUAUACUGAAAUAAACUUGCUGAAAAGUUCAA